AUGGCUGUAGUAGAUGCAGAGUAUAGUUUUAUUUCAAUCGAUGUCGGUUCAUAUGGUAAGGAGAGUGAUUCCACAAUUUUCAAAAACUGUCCAUUCGGAAAAAAAUUAUACGCCGGACUAUUAAAUCUACCAGCGCCUGUUGUUCUUCCAAAUACAGAUAAUUUUCCGCAGCCUUUCGUGGUAAUUGGAGAUGAAGCUUUCGGACUACACAAAAACCUUUUAAGACCAUACCCCGGACGAGGUCUCACCCAAAAAAGAAAAAUUUUUAACUACCGUUUAUCAAGAGCUCGAAGAUACGUAGAAUGCGCUUUCGGAAUACUCGCAAAUAAAUGGCGUGUUCUACACACUGCUCUCCUAGUUGAACCAGAUUUUGCAGACGAUAUAACAAAAGCAUGCUGUAUUUUACACAAUUAUGUUAGACGGAGGGACGGUUAUAACUUCGAAGAUACCCUAUCAAACUAUUUGGAAGACAUCGAAAAUGAAAAUAAUUCUGGAGCUCGUCAACAAGGCAUAGAUGUUCGAGAAUAUUUUGCUGAAUAUUUUAUGGGAGCAGGAGCAGUUCCAUUUCAAUAUCGAUAUAUAUAG